GGAGGGAGGGGGUCCACAUUCCUCUGCUUCCCAGUGAUGCAUGCCGGGAAAAGCGCAGCCCCUCCCCUCCCCUCCUCUCCUGCGGCAGAGGAACAAUAAGCCGCGGAGCCGAGCCGCGGAGGCUGCAGAUCCUCCUCUCUGAUCUCUGGUUCUGGUUCUGGAGGACGGGCCGGUGGACCAUGUCCUCCCCGCAGGUGUCCGUCUUGUCCCGCAGACAGUCGUGUUAUCUGUGCGAUCUGCCCCGUAUGCCCUGGGCCAUGAUCUGGGACUUCACCGAACCCGUCUGCCGCGGAUGCGUCAACUACGAGGGCGCGGACCGGAUCGAGUUCGUCAUCGAGACCGCCCGGCACCUGAAGCGGGCCCACGGCUUCCAGGACGGCCGACCCGCCGGGGGCCCUCCGCCUCCUCCGCAGCCGAAGGGACAGGUGCUGCUGAGCGGGAAGGAGCCGGUGGCCCCGCUGAACCCUCACCACCUGGACGGACCCGGUAAGACCCAUCCCGGACUGGACCGGUACUCUCUGGGCGCCGACAGCCGGGCCCGGUUCGACUACAGCGGCCACAGCAGCCGAAUGCCCAACGGCUUCAAACCGGACGACGGACCGCCGGAGCUGAACCGCCAGAGCCCAAACUCCCGGAGCCGGAGUCACGCGGGGCUGGUCCCGGCUCCGGGGCAGAUGAACAUUCCGCCAAACCUGCUCCCGCAGACCCUGCUGAACGGACCCAACCCGCACCUGACGGGCCGGGCCCCGCAGAGCUCCGUGGUCGGCGUGUCUCUGUCCGAGCACGGCGGGAAGCGCCCCGCCUCGGUGUCCAGCACCGACCAGGACCGGGACCUGAAGGAGAAGCAGCGGAACGCGGAGGCGCUGGCCGAGCUCAGCGACAGCCUCCGGAACCGACAGGAGGAGUGGGGGGGUCGGCCCAAGACGGUCCGGGACACGCUGCUCACCCUGUCCGGCUGCACUCCGUUUGACGUCCGCUUCAAGAAGGACCACGGACUGGUGGGCCGGGUGUUCGCCUUCGACGCCGUGUCCAAGCCCGGGAUGGACUACGAGCUGAAGCUGUACGUGGAGUACCCGAGCGGCUCCGGGACCGUGUUCUCCAGCGCGUCGGGGGUGGCCAAGCAGAUGUACCAGGAUUGCAUGAAGGACUUCGGCCGCGGCCUGUCGUCCGGGUUCAAGUACCUGGAGUACGAGAAGAAGCCCGGCUCCGGGGACUGGCGGCUGCUGGGGGACCUGCUGCCGGAGCCGCUGCGGGUCUUCAAGGAAGCGGCAGGGGGGGACAUGCUGCCGCAGCCGCACGCGGACGGCGGGUUCCCGCUGCCACCCACCGCCCUGCUGCUCCCGGGCCGGGCGCCGGCCUCGGGCAGCGGCUCCCGGGCCGCGCUGCGGAAGAGGAAGGCGUCUCCGGAGCCGGAUUCCGCGGAGGAGCAGCGGCAGUGGAUCAGCAGCCAGGCUGAGGUCCUCAAGCUGUCCAUGGGCUCCUUCUCCGGGCCUCCGCCGCAGCCGUUGGGUCCGGGGCUCCCCGGGAUCCCCCCGGGCCGGGCCACGCCCCCGGAGGUCUCAGCCCCCUCCCAGAACGGACAGUCCCCGAUGGCCGCGCUUAUGUCGGUGGCGGACACGCUGGGGAACGCGCACUCUCCGAACAAGGACCGGGACUCGGUACACUCCACCACGUCCUCCAGACACAACAGCAGCAGCCCGGUGUCGCCCGCUUCCGGGUCCGGGCAGAGGAGACUCUCCUCCCGCAACGGAGACCUGGGGCUGCCGGCCUCCUCCCAGUCCGGGGGGGGCGUAGACCCGGUGCACGCGCAGCCCGUGCCGGACUCCCCCAUGGCCAACAGCGGCCCCCUGUGCUGCACCAUCUGCCACGAGCGGCUGGAGGACACGCAUUUCGUCCAGUGUCCGUCGGUGCCGCACCAUAAGUUCUGCUUCCCCUGCUCCAGGGACAGCAUCAAGGCUCAGGGGGGGGCGGGGGGAGAGGUGUACUGCCCCAGCGGGGACAAGUGUCCGCUGGUGGGCUCCAACGUGCCCUGGGCCUUCAUGCAGGGGGAGAUCGCCACCAUCCUGGCUGGAGACGUGAAGGUCAAGAAGGAGAGAGACCCCUGAGGACUGGGGGGGUCCACCAGGUGCACCAGGUCCUGGACCUCCGGGGUAGGAGGGUUCAGGGUCUGGAUCUGGAUCAAAGCAGUUCAGGAUAAAUGAGGUUCAGGUGGAAACAGCAGGUAGAUGUCAGAGGUCAAAGGUCACAUGGAACUGAUCCACAUUGAACAUCAGUUUCAACAGAACCAUCAGAACAAUGAUCCGUAGGUUUAAAAUACUGACUGGAUUCACAUCAGAACCAGAACCAUCAGAGCCAGCUGUCAUCAGACUCAUGCUUGUGUGUAAAUGGAAGGGUUCAUGGGUUUACUGCGGUUCUGCAGGUCCACUACACAUCCAGACCACAGAAAUCAGGACAGAAAUGUCAGUGAAACACCAAUGGAUUGGUCCAGAUCCAUUAGAGACCGGAUCCGGUCUAGACCACCUCAGGGUUCUGGUCAGUGAUAAAGGCUGAAAUAGAGAAUGAUCCUGUGAUGCGUUCAUGGACGGUGGGACUCUCCAGUUUCCCCGAUGGUUUAAUAUUCUCUAUACUUGUGAGGACAUUCUGGUCUGUAUGAGGUGGAUCUAAAGGGUUCAACAGCAGAACCAGCAGGAUUUAAGCACCACCUUCCAACCCAGACCUUCACACCUGACACCGACACCGGGUCACAUGGACCCGGCAGAAAGAAAAGCCUAGUUCUAACCCAGUGUUUGAAGACACCCAGACUAACGUGCAGAUGUCUAAACCCAGAUUAAAUCCAGUCCAAACCCAGACUAAACCCAGUCCAAACCUGGACUAAACUCAGUCCAAAUCCAGACUAAACACAGUCCAAAUCCAGUCUAAGCCCAGUCUAAACCCAGUCCAAAUCCAGACUAAACCCAGUCCAAACCCAGUCCCUCAGUCAUUGUAGUCGUUAAUAUUGAUCAACAUGUGAAGUGAUUAUUGGUCUGAAACACCUGAAUUCUUAAACCAGAUGAAACUGACUUGGUUCUGACUGGACUGCAGGUCCUGGGUUCCCGGACCUGUUUGUCCUGGGUUCACAGACCUUCUGGUUCUGGGUUCACAGACCUGCUGGUUCUGGGUUCAUAGACCCGCUGGUCCUGGGUUCACAGAUCUGCUGGUUCUGGGUUCAUAGACCCGCUGGUCCUGGGUUCACAGAUCCGCUGGUUCUGGGUUCACAGACCUGCUGGUCCUGGGUUCACAGACUCGUUUGUCCUGGGUUCACAGACCCACUGGUUCUGGGUUUUUUCUGUCUUUAUCCUUGUAUAAAUCCAAGAUGAUAAAGCUUUUCUUCUAUGGGUUCUGACCCGUCUGAGGUCAGACUCACCUGGUUCUAGUGUUUUCACAGGUUUGAUCCAGGGUUCAUACUAGUUUGUGCAGAAUCAACCCUAAAGCAGGUGAAUAAAUCCACCUGAUUCCAUGAGUUAAAUGUAGCUGGUGUGGGUUGUCCAUCAGGUCCAGGUUCAUAAACCUGUAAAUAUUCCAGUCUCUCUGGACCUGGUUUCAGAAUCUGGUUUUCUCCAUUAAAUGUUGAAAACUGAACCUGUGGAUCAGUGUCAGAAAAAAACCAUAAAACUCACAGAACAUUGUCAUUUAAUGCACUGGAGUCAUUUAUUCUGAAACUGACAUCGAUGGACGGAGGCGGAGCCCAUGGAGACGGAACCAGGGGAGGGGUGGAUCCAGGUCUGGUGCCAGUCCAGAUCCACGUCCGGUGCCAGUCUGUAUAAAUAUGUGUGUUUGUAAAAACUUCAGCUGUUUUUAGUUUUGAUACGAUUUCAGUGAGUUUUUUCACUUUUUGAAAUUUAUUUAUUUUUCGUCUCUUUUUACUGCAAUAAAUCUGUUUGUUUUUGUUACGUUUCAUCUCUAUGUCGUCAAUGCGUACUUUGAUUUUGAAGUCUGUUUGUUGGUUGCCAUGGUGACAGAUGAUCUUGUAAUGUGCCUUGGAUCUAAGUCCGUUGUAAUAAAACUCAUCGGUUUCAA